UGCCGUGUAACACGCCUACAUUAUUCUACCAGUCAAUCCAACCUGUCCGUUGCACAGGAUGUCUCGACUCAGUGACUACCGACUGCUCACCUUCGACGUCUACGGCACGCUGGUCGACUGGGAAGGGGGGAUUCUGGCCGCCAUCCAGCCCAUCAUGACCCAACAUCAAGCCACCUUCUCCAACGCCCACAUCCUGCACAUCUUCCACGAGUUGGAACGCGACCAGCAAGCCAAAACACCCGAUCUGAUCUACUCGGACCUCCUCGCGACCGUGCACCCUACGCUCGUGACGCAACUCGGCCUACCGGCGCCGACGCCCGCGGAAAGCAAAGCCUUUGGCGAAUCGGUGGGCAACUGGCCGGCGUUCCCCGACACCGUGGACGCCCUGAAGCGACUAUCCAAGCACUACAAGCUGGUCGUGCUCUCGAACGUCGAUCGCAGCUCGUUCGCGAAGACCAACGCGGGCAGUCUACAAGGAGUGCCGUUCGACCUGGUGCUGACGGCGCAGGAUAUCGGGUCCUACAAGCCGGACCUGCGCAACUUCGACUACAUGCUGUCGGCAGUGAAGCAGCAUUUCGGCGUCGAGCCCGACCAGGUGCUGCAGACGGCGCAGAGUCAAUUCCACGACCAUCAGCCGGCCAAGAAAGCUGGCAUCAAGUCGGUGUGGAUCGUGCGACCGGGGGCCAUCAUGGGCAACGUGGAGGAGGAAGUAUACGACUGGAAGUUCGAUACGCUGGGACAGAUGGCCGACGCGCUGGAGCAGGAGAACCAAGUAUGAUGCGAUCGCGACUAGAUAGAAAUAAGACCUCGGGAUUGCUUCGUCCGCAGCUGCACGGCGCAACACAGGUUGUACAGCAUAGUCAACGUAGGCGUCUGUAUGCCGAUGGCGUCGGCUUCGCGCACGACCUCCCCGAGGAGGUUUUCAUGUUC